GGUACCAUGGUACAUUUACGUAAUAGCCUGUAUUUUGUCAGUGUCAGAGCAUAUGUAAUAAUAUUUCAUUACAUUUUACCAGUUCACAUUCUUCAAUUAAACAAUGGCUGUUCCAGUUAGGAUUCUAUCUCAUUGUAAAGAAGUCUUUAAGUUUGGUAAUGUGAGAUUUUUAUCUUCAACAAACAAUCCCUAUCAUGAGACAAGGAAAAACUUAGUGCUUUCAAAAGACACCAAAGUGAUUGUACAAGGGUUCACAGGCAAGCAAGGUACAUUUCACAGCCAACAAGCCAUUGAUUAUGGAACUAAUAUCGUUGGUGGGGUAUCACCCAAAAAAGCUGGUUCAGAGCAUCUUGGGAAACCUGUGUUUGGGACUGUGAGGGAAGCUAAAGAGAAGACUGGUGCACAUGCAACAGUCUUAUAUGUGCCUCCACCAGCUGCCGCCGGAGCUAUCAUGGAAGCUAUUGAGGCUGAAGUACCACUGAUUGUUUGCAUAACAGAAGGACUCCCUCAGCAUGACAUGGUGCGUGUAAAGCAUGCCUUGUUACGUCAGAAUAAGUCUAGGCUGGUUGGCCCUAACUGCCCAGGCAUCAUUGCACCCGAAAAAUGCAAGAUUGGAAUCAUGCCUGCAGCAGUGCAUAAGGCUGGUUGUAUUGGUGUUGUAUCACGCUCCGGCACGCUAACAUACGAAGCCUGCCAUCAAACUACUGUGACUGGCUUGGGACAAACAUUGUGUGUUGGUAUUGGUGGAGAUCCCUUCAAUGGUACUGAUUUCAUUGACUGUUUGGAAGUCUUUUUGAAAGACGAAAACACUAAGGGUAUUAUCCUGAUUGGGGAAAUUGGUGGUAAUGCUGAGGAAUUGGCCUCCGAAUAUCUUACACAGUACAACACUGGUCAAAAAGCAAAACCAGUUGUGUCCUUUAUUGCUGGUUUGACUGCACCACCAGGGAGACGGAUGGGGCAUGCUGGGGCAAUCAUUUCCGGUGGAAAGGGAGGGGCAAUGGAUAAAAUAAAAGCCCUAGAGAAGGCUAAUGUAAUUGUGACUCGAUCUCCGGCUAAAAUGGGGGCUGAACUAUUUAAGGAGAUGAAGAGAUUAGAAAUUGUUUAAGUAUUUAACAGCAUUGCAUCUAUCAACUAUUAACACUGUGUAGGACUUUAGUUCUUAUAGUAUAUUUAUUUAUUGUAUGUUGUUGUUUCACUUUUAAAAUUCACAAAACUUGUCAUUAGCUGAAUUUGACUCGACAAUAGUUACAUUGUUGGAUGAAACAUAUAAAGCAAUUGUUACGUUACUGUACAUAUGUUCUGUAUAUUAUAUUGUUUUUUUAAACAUAUUAAUUGUGAUAUUAUUAUGACUUAUACAAAACAACAGUUACUUCCGUAUCCGGAAGGCGUUGUAUUUUUGAUGUUUUUAAUUAACAAGAACUAACUAGAAUUGUUUCCUUAGAGUUUAAUUAGUCCAAUUAGUUUAUUAUUUAUUUAGGAAACAGUAACACACGUGUUUACAGUUUUAGUUAUGAGAAAAUAAUUAAUUUAAGAAAACAAUAAUCUGAAUCAAUCAACUCAUGUGUCCGGUCCGAUGUUAGUAAUUUUUGUUAAGUUUUGAUAAUAACAUAUUAUGUUUUAUUGUAUGCUUGAAGAUAUCAAUGUCCUAUUAUGCUUAUUACCUCGAAUUCGUGUUAAAUGAAAAGAGAUGAGAAUAAAAAAAUUACUCUAUACUGAUAUUUGA